AACUCAAUCCACAUUUCCCAUCAAAAUGGCUACAAGAUUGAGUUUGGUUGCUUCUCUUUUCGUUGUCGGGGCCCUCCUACAUGUCGUUGCUGCAGUCGACCACGACGUCGGUGGCGAUUUCGGUUGGAACCUACCGCCGAACUCCACCUUCUUCUCUGAUUGGUCUCGCAGUAGAACUUUCUCUGUCGGCGAUAAACUCGUGUUUAGAUCAAAAGCCACUGAGUCGCACGAUGUCGCUGAACCCCCAUCUCAGGCGGAUUUCGAUGGAUGCGUCAAGCCAGGAAUAACUUUCGGUACAUCAGCUGUCUUUUCUAUCACACUUGAUCGUCCUCGUCGUCGUUAUUUUAUCUGUACUAUUGGAAGCCACUGCAACGCGGGUAUGAAAUUUGUUGUCGACAUUGUGGAACAGCCUGGAGCGCCAAAUUCUGCGGUGGAGCCACCACCGCCGCCUCCGAGUUCAGGUUCAUCUUUGAGAGUUGGUGCAGUGGCAACAUUCACUGGAUUUAUCCUCACCAUCAUAGCUUAAAUAAUUUGAUUUUUCUCACCUUGAGAUGCCUAGGAGCCGUGUGUGCUUCUAUAUUAUUCUCUAUUAUUUUUAAGAAGAGUCUUUGUUGUUUGCAUAAAUUAAAUAUUGUAGUAUUACCUGAUUCAAGUUUGAAUGAGUGAUUAUUAUGUUUCAUUGGGAAAA